CAACCAUUACCGACACCUACCCCACCGAAGGAGUCAUAAUUCAAAUCUCCAGCGCCGAGCUAUAGACAAAACAGCAUAGGAAACAUCAAAGGAAGAAACAAAGUCAAGUUUUUAGUACUCCUCGACGCAUCUUCACUCCCUAGAAAGGCAAGCAUCGGUCAGCACCAAGCUGAUCAAUCUCCGUUCAUUUCACUACUUAAAAAUUAGAAAUGGCAAUCGCCGCCUGCUUCUUCACCGCCUCUAUACCUAACAAUACAAACGCCAAGCUCAUCAAUCUCCGUUCAUUUAACCCCUCCUCCUCUCUCCAUCUCCAUCUCCGCCUCCCCCUUCCUCCCCUCUCCUCCCCCCUCCGCCACCAGCACAACAACCACCGCCUCCCUCUCUUCAUCCCAUGCUCUUCUGGUGGAGAUGGCGGCAUCAACCACCACCCCCCUCCCUCAGGGGGUGGCGGGGGAGAUAACAGUGACGACAACAGCCACAAUGGCGAUGGUGAUAGUGCGGAGGAUAAGAAUAGGGGGGAGGCGAUGGUGGUGUUGGCGGAGGCGAAGCGCUCUUUGGAGAGUUUUCCGAAGGAUUUAGCGGCGGCGAUCCAGGCCGGGAAGAUACCAGGGUCAGUGGUUUCGAGGUUUCUGGAGCUUGAAGAGUCACGGUUUUUCGGGUGGUUGAUGCAGUUUGAUGGGUUUAGGGAGAGGUUGUUGGCUGAUGAUCUGUUUAUGGCUAAAGUUGGGAUGGAAUGUUUUGUUGGUAUGUUCACUAAGACUGCUGCAGAGUAUGAGCGUCGGAGAGAGAAUUUUUUCAACGAGCUGGAAGUUGUUUUUGCUGAUGUGGUGAUGGCCAUAAUUGCAGAUUUCAUGCUUGUUUAUCUUCCUGCUCCCACGGUGUCUCUCCGACCACCACUAGCAGGAAAUGCUGGAUCUAUUGCAAAGUUCUUACACAACUGCCCUGAUAAUGCAUUCCAGGUUGCUCUUGCUGGAACUUCCUAUUCACUGUUACAGAGAUUAGGGGCUAUAGCGCGCAAUGGAGCAAAGCUUUUUGCUGUUGGCACCGCCUCAUCACUAGUUGGUACUGCUGUGACAAAUGCCUUGAUCAAUGCACGGAAAGCUGUGGAUAAGUCUGCUACCGGUGAAGUUGAAAAUGUGCCUAUAGUAUCUACCAGUGUUGCUUAUGGUGUCUACAUGGCAGUUUCUAGCAACCUCAGGUAUCAAAUACUGGCUGGUGUUAUCGAACAGCGCAUUUUGGAACCUAUGCUACAUCAGCACAAGAUCAUGCUUAGUGCACUUAGUUUCGCUGUUCGAACAGGCAACACAUUCCUGGGUUCAUUAUUGUGGGUGGACUAUGCUCGCAUGAUAGGAAUCCAAAAGGCUCAGGAGGAGCAUAAGGAAUUGACUGAUUAGUUCUAGAAAUGUGGGUUUGGUGCGUUGAACUUGCUUGAAGUAGGUGAUCAAUUGGAAAAUUGAGGUAUUUGGGUGCUGAACUGCCAAGAUGUCCUGAAAAUAUAUACAUCAGAAUUAGUCGAUAGUGCUCUGACGUUUUGUAGUUGGUCUCAGUUUCCCUCUAUGAUACUGAAAUCUAUUUUUUUCCUCUCGCGUUGUUGUUGUCCGGAUUUGGACACAAUCACUGGUAAAAUUUGAACUGUUGGAAGUGCCAAAUGAGUGCAAGAAGAAUAGACAUUUUUUAUGUGAA